AUGACAUCAAAUGGUACUAAAUUAUCAUUCUCUUUUGCCCCUCCGCCAUCUACAAAACCAUCCUCUUCUUCUGUCACAUCGUCGUCAUCUAUCGCACCUAAGUCCAAUCUAGAGUUAUUGAUGGCUAAGUCGAAGCCGAAACCUACCAAUGGCAAGUCGUCAUUAUCAUUUGAAGAUGAUGAAGGGGAUGAAGAUGAUUCUAUGAUGAAUGCAUUAGCUGGGCCAUCCUCAAAACCUUCCAAAACGCAAGGGAAAGUAACAGCGAAAGCGAAAGCACCCGUUGGCCAAACUAAUCUAUUAUCACGUUCAGAGAGAAAAGCAAAAGAAGCAGCAGAAGCUAUUGAUCAAAGUAUAUUUGAUUACGACGAACAUUAUGAAUCAAUGAAAAUGGCAGAAAGAAAACACGAAGAAUCGAAAAAACAAGAAGCAGAAGAAAGGAAACCUAAAUACAUUGAAAAUUUCUUGGCAUCUGCACAAACCAGAAGAUUGGAUAAAUUACGUGCUGAAGAAAAAUCUCUUCAAAGAGAAAGGGAAAAAGAAGGUGACGAGUUUAUUGAUAAAGAAAAAUUCGUCACUGAGGGUUAUAAAAAACAAAUGGAAGAAGUCAGAAAAGCUGAAGAAGAAGAAAAGAUAAGGGAAGAGCAACUGAGGAAAACACGUUCUGGUCCUGGAUUAACGGCAUUCUACAAAUCGAUGUUGGAAGAUUCAGAAGCUCAGCACGCAGCUGCUGUAGCUGCUACUUCUGCACCUACAGUCGGACCAAGUUUAGCAAUUAGACCACCUAGUGUACCUACACGCAAAGAACAAGAAGAUUUCGUUGACGAAGAAGAAUAUGAUCCUUUGUUAGCGAGAGAAGCUAAAGCUGCUCGAGAGAACAGCGGGGAUACAACAACGAAAGAAAAAGCUGGAACCUCAAGAUUGGAUAAAGACAGUGGUAAAGAAGUGGAAGUGAAUGAUAAUGGUGAAAUAGUUGAUAAACGUUCAUUAUUAAAAGCCGGUUUGAAUAUCACCAAAAAACCAAAACCUUCAUUACCGAACUCAUUACUUACAGGUUCAAGGUCAAAUGCAAAUGGUAAUCAAAACGAUCAAGAUGCAAUAUACAAAUCACGUGCAGUAGGAGCUUCAGCUACCUAUGCAGAGAGAAUGGAAAGGGAACGUAAGCGAUUAGCCGAUCAAAUGAGAGAAGAAUCUGAGAAGAAACGAACAGACGAAGAAGAAAGAUUGAAGAACGAAGAAGAGGAAGCUAAGAGAAGAAGACAAGGUGAUAAUGGUGAUGCUGAUAGGAAGAGACAAGAAGCCAAGGAAAGAUAUCUGGCCAGAAAGAGACAAAGGGAAGAGGAAGAGAAGAAUCCUGAUAAGAAAGCCAAAGAGGAAUAG